AUGGCUUUAACCAAAAAAUGGGCGAGUGCAGCUACUCUUCAUGUGUCUCCUAACAGACUCCAACACUUUCAGUAUGAGCGUUUAUCUUUUGAUUGUGAGAGCCCUGAUGGUUCUACUGAACUGAGAGGAGUCAAAACCACUGAGGAAAAGUUAGAAUCUUUUAGUCCAGUAUGUAACAGUAAAAGAACUUCGUCUUCAUGCACAAUUUCUCAAACUUAUCUAACAGACAGUGCAGAGUACUGGUGUGAGGUUAAAGGGGGUCAGAGAAGCAACAGUGUCAACAUUACCAUAACUGGUGGUUCUGUGAUCUUAGAGAGUCCAGUUUUCCCUGUUUUUGAGGGACACAAUGUGACUCUCCGCUGCAUAAACAAGACAACUCACAUCAACCAAAGUGCAAAUUUCUACAAAGAUGAUGUCCUCAUAGACCGGAGCCCUUCUGACAACAUGCACAUCAACAGUGUUUCCAGCUCUGAUGAAGGACGAUACAAGUGCAGCAUUUCUGGUGUUGGAACAUCACCAGAAAGCUGGCUUCAUGUCAGAUCAGAUGCUUCACCAGAGACCCUGUCAGAUGACUCCAAUUCCAAUCCUGACUUAAUCCUGCUGUGGAUUGUGUUGCCUAUUUUAGUGAUAAUAUUGAUGCUGCUGGUGGUCAGAUUUCUUAAUACUUGCAAACACAGAGUUUCCUCAAAGACAUCAGCAGCGACAAACUCACAUGGAGACCAUCCAGGAGAUUUUCUUAAGAUUCCAAAUUAG